AUUCGAUGUUCCUUGUAUAUUAUUUCCGACUCCGAGAUCUUGAACCUGUUACGAUUUUAUAAUUAUGCUUCAAUAACCUCCGAUACUAUCGCUGUUUUUCCUUUUCUAGGCGAUGUACUCUUACGACUACAAAAAUGCCUAGUUGCCAACCGCAUAUCGAUCGAGGCUUUCUAUCUCCCUUUGCGAUACAUCCCCCCCUUAGACAAUGUCAACACCAUUCAUAUGCCGCCAAUGCAUAGCACGUCUUACGAAAGUUCAUGCUAGCCAGAUUAGACCGAAGUGUUUUCAAUUACAUACCCAAGCGUUGCCAUCGCCGGUACAACAACAGGCAUGGGCUUUACCAACGCCAGAAAGACCAGAGUCUUCUAUCGAACAUGAUGGUCCAAGUUACCACCUAUCUCAGCCGCCUACUUCACAUCCAGGGCCAUUUGUAUCGCAAAUUCCUGGAUUUGAGUCAGGUAGGGGACGAGAACCCCGACUGAGGAAAUUUCUUCCUCAGCGACACCCUGCAGUUGCAAGGAGUGCCCACAUACACAGACCUGUGACUCUCCGGUAUCUGAAAUUAAAAAUACUGAAGUCUCGCGCAAACUUCCGGUUUAUUCGUGAUGAUGUCGCCUACUUGUAUGGGUUACCGGAUUAUGGCGCCCGUCAUGCGGUUAACCAACUGGGAAGACUACUUGGUGGGCGUCAUUCCGGAUUAGAGGCCGGCCAAGAGCUCGAUCGAUAUCAUGAAUGGAAAAUUAAUAUCCAUGAAUUAUUGAAGGCGGUCAAGGCUGAGCCGCCGACUUCCAAUGAUAGUGACGGUUCGACCCAGACGAACGUUGAGACGGAUGCUACGAAGCAGUCUUGGGAGGCAUUCGCCGGUGUGUGGAGCGAACUAAGCAAUGAAAGACGCAAGUUAAAAUGGCGAGAUUAUAUAGCCUCCUUGUUUCGCUCAACUCCGGACCAGGCGAUAAGUUUUAUGCAUAAGACCUUCCGACCUGAAUGGUGUUUAAACUAUGUCGUGGAAGACUCAGUCUAUCUCAUUCUGUGGAGUUUAAAGGGCGCCGAAGAUCGUAUGAAAAGGGGCAAACAAAUAGUAGACCUCCUCUUCUUUUUACUUCAGAACGCGCCCCCCAAAUAUUUAGUUCUAGAUCAAUGGUCGAUCUGGCAGGCAGUAUCUUUGAUACCUGUGUCCAGGUUGUUCGAGUUCUACCAGAUUCUAAGGAGGCUCGAACAUCCGCUUCGCCAGAACACGUUGCUGCAUUUUGCAAGGCGUUUGGCUGUCAAAUCUAAAUAUAAGGCACAGGCCACCGAUAUCCUACGUUUCCUUUCAACCAUGCCUGGAUUCGAUAUCAAUGCGCCAGCGCCUUCCAGUGUCUGCACCACACUCUUCACUAUGAAGGAAGAUGACGUGGUUACAAAUGAUGAUGCUGCGCCCGACGAGUUAUUUAAAACGCUACUUGACGUCGGAUUCCGUCCAAGUCUAUUCGGUCUAUCUGCGCUCAUGCGUAAUUUCUGCCUUCGAGGGCGGAUCGAUGUGGCGUGGAGAAUAUUCAACAGCUUGCUUGAAGCUGGCAUCGAACCGGACGCCCAUGUCUUUUCGAUACUUCUUAAUGGAGCAAAAACAAACUUGGAUAGAGAAUCUGUUCAACGUGACAUCAACAUGAUCGAGGCUACACAAGGUUGGACUCAAGUCCUUCUAAAUGACCUUUUAGAUUAUAUUUACCAAUUCGCCGAGUCACAAGAAGAGAAGAGGCGGGCUCAACGUGAAAGACUGAACAUAAAGGCGUAUCGGCUAAUGAUCCAGCUAUAUUCAAAGUUCUUCCACUACGCGCCGUUGAAAAAGCUCGUUGAUGUUCCACUGGGGUUUUAUGAUUGGGGUUUAGACGACCCAAUACACCCACAUUUACAAGAAGUUACUCGGAUGAUUUCCAAUUUGCGACAACUACCAGAUGAUUUGCUCUUGGAGCCGGAUAGCAUCACCCUCGAAAUCAUGCUCAGGGCCCGUUUUCGAUCCAUCAAGGGACCAGAUGCCUUGAUAAUAUAUUACAGACACUUCAUGUCCUCUUUGACCUGGGGCGAUCCGGUUUUAACUGCUCUCGUCAAGGACCGGGGCACUGUAAUCUAUGACAUUUUUCUACGAGAUUUCUUGCAAUUCAAAGAGACUUUCAACAGCGGUGUUGCAUUGGUUCAGCGGGUGGCUAGGUACGCAAAUUUAGAAAAACAGAAACAUGGGAAAAACACAUUACAUCCGCCGCCGUCAGUCUAUACAUACACGAUAUUGAUGAACGGCUAUAGAAACCACAAGAAAUACGAAGGGGUAAUUAGGACGCUUAACGAGAUGAUCGAGAAGGAUAUUACACCCAACAUCGUCACUUGGAAUGUUGUGAUCGGGAGCUUGCUUGACACUGGGUCGAUGACACGAGCUGUUAGGGUUAUAGAGCAUUUAAAUCAAAUCGACCUGCAACCAAACGAUCGCACUAUAGAGGAAGUUACACACCUAAGCUUAGGAAAGAGGAAAGAGUUUGCCGAUCUCAUGGGGCAAGUGGAAAAACAUCCUCGAAAAACAGACACGCGCACAUUCGUCAAAUGGCUUAUCCGACUCUGGAGAAUGGAAGAGAAUGGGCCAAAGGAAUCAAAAGAACCCAACAUCUCCCAGAAGGAUGCUCGCCUAAUAAAUAGGUUCUACGACAAUAUCGAGACCGAAAAUAUACGUUGGAACGCGGGUCUACGCGAUCAAGAAGAUAAACCUAAGGUCGACGAGAAGCUCGAGGAUGGUGGUAAAGACAUGGAUUUUAUCAUGUCCGUGAGAAAGAAUGCCAAGGAGAACAAGGCUAGUCGUCGAGAGUCAAGAGAAUAGCUAGAAGACGGGUCAUAUAUUUCUUCCGAUAUAGAUCAUAAAUAUGC